UGUCCUAAAAACGUUGGAGGCGGGAAUUGGCGUUUGCCAACAUUAUAGAAGCACGAGACAAACGUCCACAUGUCUCUCUUUCUCCACGAAUUAUUUAAUCUUACACCCAUCAUCCUUGGCCUUCCGUACUUCUUUUUGGCUACUUACCCAUUUACCUCCUCCACCGUCAUGAUUAAAAUUGAGUUGUAACUCUCUGCUCUUAUACUGUCCAAAUUUUCAAGAAAUUUGAUGCCUCCAGUGAAGAUGAAUGAAUUGGGGCCAAAUUAUGCUGGCUACUACAAGCACAAAAUUUCAGAGCUCCUCUCUGGGAAUGAGGAUCCAUUUGCACAUUCGCGAAAUCAGGAUUCGAAUUCAUUUGCAAAUAUUCCAAGUAUGAAGACCAGAACUGAGGAUCUUGGUAAUGCAUUUAGGAAUGUAGGUGAUAGCUUAUGUGAUGGUUCCCUUCCCUUGUUUAGUGAUGGAAUUGGGGCUGGGCUUUCAAGCUUUCAAAAGGACAGGCUUCAGUCGCUUCUUGUGCAAUGUGUGGAUCAAAUCAACCAAGAAGUUGAUGAGAUGUUACCCCAUGUCUACCAAGUAUCCGCGUUUCAAGAAAGUUUGAAGGGGGCCUCAGCAUCAUCUUCUUCUUCGACUGCAGAACAAGAAGGGAACAGUAUUUCCAAUAUGCAGAAGAUGCCUUCUUCCCCCAAUUCCAAAUCUGCCGGCAAGUGGGACAUUAUAGACCAUCAUCUAUCCUAUGGACCAGAAAAUCCAGAAAAGCAAGGGCCUGUUGAAAUUUCUGGUGUAAAGUCUGAUGAAAAUGUUAAGAGUCACUCCAGUGCCUUGUUGUCAAAGCUAGGACAGAUGGAGCAGCAGCUUGAAGAAUUACUCAAUGUUGUGAUGUCCUGUUGCAGGCCCAUGUUUUUUGAUGAGAAGGUUGAACUCUGCCACCGCAUUCGAAAGCUACCUUGUGAUAACCUGUACCGACUUAUCGAAAUCCUCAGGCCGAAAAAAGCAUCAACAGAAAGUGACGACAUACAAGUUGAUCUCGAAAUGGAGGAUAAUGCGACCCUUUGGAGACUUCAUUUCUACACAGAGAUGGUCACAAAGUCUAGGAAAAUACAUUGAAAGUGAUGAUCUGAUAUGGAGUCCACUGCAUGAUGGAUGACUAAUCUGUCAUAUCCAAUGCUUGAAUCAUAAGCCUCAAAAUGGUGACAAUUCGACAAUGAUUCUUGACCAAAGAGUGAAGCUUCCACUCAUUGAUGAUUUUCUGGAUGCUACAUUUUCCAUAUCAUACUAGAGCUAUCGUUGAAAUGGGAAGACGGAAAAGAUGUCAAGAAUUAUGUUUUCUGAACGUGCACCAACAUCGAAAGCGUUGAUCUGAUGGAAGCGUAAAAAGAAUGGUCUUACAUACUAUUUUGGUGACAACUGCAACUAACAUCAUAACUGGACUUGUGCCUGGGCGGCUGAAUUUGAGGCCGUCUUCAAAGCAAGCCUAAAGAGCUAUGCCGCUGAUUCAUAAAAAGUGGUUUUGUGAAGUUGUAUUUUGACAAAUAUUCAAUCAUAUCUUGUUAUGGUAUCAAUCCCCACUGACCGGCCUUCAUAAUUAAUCACAUUCUUUAAUUC